AGCUUGAGAGAAGGGAUCAUGAAACGCAGGCGUAUAAUGAUUAUGAUUUGAUGAAACAAGCAGUUCCCUGGGAAAGAGUUUGAGGAUUUUAACUCUGAGGAUGAUGACUAAUGUUCAAAUAAUGAUCAAUGAAGGUAACAUUGUGCGGCUUGUGGUGGACAAAGAUAAGAAAAUUACUGCAGCUUACCAAAGUUUGAGAACUAUACCGCACACUUUGGCAGACUGUUAUGGACACUGGGUGGAAGUGUUGGAUCUCAGUCAUAAUAUGAUCAGGGAUGUGAGCGAACUCAGAUCUUUAGACAGAAUCCAUACUUUGAUUCUGGACCACAAUCUCCUAGACAGUUCUUCAGAAUUUCCUCGGUUGUCGUCACUCAGAAUUCUAUGGUUGAACCAUAAUCUCAUCUCGGAUUUUCGACUCUUCAUACCGGCCCUCGCCUUUUCCUGUCCAAACUUACAGUACUUGAGUCUCAUGGGCAAUACGGCAGCACCUGCUACAUAUGGGGAGGAAUCUGAAAGAGAACAGAAGUACAGGUAAGAAUUAUCUUUAUCUUUUUACACA